UUCACCUUUUGCUGCUGAUUUCCCUUCCUUUUUAACUUAUAGCCUCUGCUCCCCUUUUGCGGGGUCCUUCAAUCUCACUUGGGGAACCUCCGUGCAUUAACCCAAAAGAGUUCAUGGACCCUUAAUUAAAAAAUAUUUUGCCUAGAACCAAAACCUGCCCUUACUCUAUAACAUUUACCAACCGGGAAUUCUUCCUGGACGUUUUGUUUUUUGAUUCUAGACACUUGGAAGAAGAAUGAGUUGUUUUCCUUGUUUUUCAAAGACUAAGAGAACCAACAGCAAGAGGGAGCAGCAAGGCAUUAUACCACAGGAAAACUUUGUAACUAGAACACCGCCAGAUGUAAAGAAACAAAAGGCAGAUGAUCCAAACCAAUUUGACACCUCAAAGAUUCAAGCACAAAAUUUCACAUUCCGUGAGCUGGCAAUUGCAACAAAGAAUUUCCGCCAAGAAUGUUUGUUGGGUGAAGGGGGCUUUGGCAGAGUUUAUAAGGGAACAAUUCCUGCAACCGGGCAGGUUGUAGCAGUAAAGCAACUCGACCGAAAUGGGGUCCAAGGCAGCAAGGAAUUUCUGGUUGAGGUUUUGAUGUUAAGUCUCUUGAACCAUGACAAUCUGGUCAAACUCGCUGGUUAUUGUGCUGAUGGAGAUCAACGUCUUUUGGUCUAUGAGUUUUUGCCAGGGGGCUGUUUAGAAGGCCGUCUUCUUGAGAGGAAACCAGAUGAACCUGUAUUAGAUUGGUACAGCAGAAUGAAAAUAGCAUCAAAUGCGGCGAAAGGACUAUGGUACUUGCACGACAAGGCCAAUCCUUCAGUCAUAUACCGGGACUUGAAAUCCGCCAACAUCUUGCUGGAUAAUGAUAACAAUGCAAAACUAUCUGAUUAUGGACUGGCCAAACUUGCUGGUAAAGAUAAGACGAACAUCGUACCAACAAGAGUUAUGGGAAACUAUGGUUACAGUGCUCCAGAGUACGUAAGAACGGGUAACCUCACCCUGAAAUCAGAUGUGUACAGUUUUGGAGUUGUCUUGCUAGAGCUCAUAACUGGACGGCGUGCCAUUGACACCACAAGACCGCACGAUGAGCAAAAUCUAGUUUCAUGGGCACAACCCAUAUUCAGGGACCCAAAAAGAUAUCCAGACAUGGCAGAUCCAAGUCUGGAAAAUAAUUUCCCAGAAAAGGAUCUCAACCAAGUUGUUGCAAUUGCAGCAAUGUGCUUACAGGAGGAAACAGCAGCGCGUCCUUUGAUGAGUGAUGUUGUAACUGCUCUAAGUUUUCUUUCCACCACUCCUCCAGAGGUUGUUCCUGCAGCCAAGAGUGCUGCUGCUCCUGAAAAUGAAGCAGGAUCUGUUAAGGACAGAGAUAGCUCCUCCUCCGAUGAAGGGAGUUCUAGUGAAGUAGAGGAGAAUGUAACUGCUCAAAAUCAGGUUAGUGCAAAAUACCAAGAAAGUGAAGACGCCUCAGAAACUGAGUAUGAUUAUUAUGGGAAUGAAAACCAACAAAAAUACAGUCCACAAGACAUCAAACAGAACAAGGAGUUCUACUCCAAAUCAAGCCGCAAGAGCAGCACCAGAUCAAAGAAUGGAACCGCUUCUUCUAGCUACAAAAGCAGCUCCACUUCAGAUUCAGAGAAUGAAAGCAUCUCAACCAGCAACAAAACCAGUAGGAAAAGCAGCAGAAAGAAUAGCAACAAGAAGUCUUCCUUAAGCCAGAAGAGCAGUAAGAAAUCUUCUUUGAGCCAAAAGAGCAGCAAGAAAUCUUCUGUGAGAAUCUUAAGCCACAAGAAAAGUGAGGAUGUAAGCCGUUCAUCUAAUUCAAGCAGCAGUAGCAGCAGUGGGGUGUCACAAGAUGGUGGUGAUCUUUUUGAUCGUAGUGGAAGCAGGCCAUCAGAAGGGAAUGUUUCAAUUGGCCUAAUCAGCAGUGAGAACUCAGACAACGACAGCAGCAUAAGGUCAGAAGAAAGGAGCAGCAUGCAUUUAGAUCAUACCAGCAGCAGAUCGGAGGAGGGAAGUGUUUAUUACCGAUAGAGAUUAUCAAUGUGUGGUUGCAACAGCAAUAACUUAAUUGGCGAUGAUGAAUAUUGAGGAGGCAUUUGUAUACUUCUGUCGAUGUUUGUUCGUACAUCAGUAUGUAUGGUCGAGCGAAACAAGUUAAGAUAACCGUAUAUGGUAUUCUCUAAAUUAAAACUUGAAACUCGAGCAUCUAUAUAAGUAUUUGUUUUGUUUUUAGUAGGCUUCAGCUAUAUUUCUGUAUCUACCUUUAGUUCAAGAACAACGAGACGAUAACCGUGGAUUUCCAUAAAGGAUUGUUGACAUUAUGGAAACAGUGAUCCUCGUUUGUAUUAUGUAACAAUUCUGGCAAUUCUGAUGUUA